GAGCGUGGAGCGGGGCCGAAGAAUCUUCCGCGCAUCGAGCCCGAGCCAGGGCCCGAGAGAGACGUUUGUUGUUGUUUCUGUCCGACCUGCGUCGGGAGAGGUCUUGAACGCGCGACGCUCCCUCCGUCCCCUCGUCCCUGCGCUCGAUCAGUCACUCACUCACUCGAUCAUUCAAGCCGAUCGAUCGAUCGGUCGGCGAGUGCCUCGUCGUCGUCGUCGUCGAUCGGAUACGGCCUAAGGCUGACGUGCGGCAAAAAUUGGGACGGCUUUUUGGAAGUAUUUGAAUUGUUGGGCGGGCGUCGGCCUUUUCUUGACGCAGAAAAAUGAGGAUUUGCGGGUUUUCUCGAGGUUUCAGUUUGUGAUGAAUUCGCUGUGUUGUUGGUUUGAGAGGGAGCUCGGCGGAGAAUUUGAGGAGGUGGCUUUGUAGGGGCGUUCAAGGCAGAGGUUGGAGAUUUUCAGGGGCCGCAGAUCAGAGCUGGGCGAUUCUGGUCCGCUUGAGGAAGAGAUGAAUUGGUGGCCGCGGAGCGGUUUUAGAGAGUUUUUCAUUCUAGGUUGAAUGGUGAGUAAGUCGGGCCGCUCGGGAUUUGAUUUAUGGAGGCGAUGAUUGCCGGUGUCACAGCUGGAGCUGCCGGUUCCUCGAGUGCGGAUCGGCCGCACCCAAAUUCGGAGGAAAAUUCACCUUAUGACUCACGCAAACCCCCUCCGUUAGAUGCUAAGCACUCGGAUGCGAGUAGCACCGGCGUCCCGGAAAUUAGAGAACCAAAUGUUGCGCAUACUCCCCCGCCAGGUGCAUUUCGAGCCACCGACCCGCCGACUUCUCAGAAAAAUCGGUUCCCUCCUCCCCAGAAGUCAAUGUACCCGACCAUCCGGCAGGCGAGCUCCUUCUCGUUUCCCUCGCCCGGCUCUCCCCUUCAUCCUCAGCUGAAUUUCUCUGUUUCCUCUCCCUCUCUGCCUUACUUUCCCGACAGCCCCGUCGAAUCGACUGCCAAGUAUCGACCCAGGACGAGGAGCCCAUCCGAUGGAGCAGACGUGAGAUGGUACUUCUGCAAGACUCCCCUUGGGCCCAACGAGGCAGCUGCAUCCGUGCCUCUUCUCGAGGUUGUUGGGAAAGGGGAGUAUUUCCGCUUCAGUGUUAGCGAUUCGUCGACGCUGGAAGCUGCUUUUCUUGAGCGGGAAGAGGAAUUGGUCUCAGCGUGGUGGAAGGAGUACGGUGAAAGUCGUGAAGGCCCCUCAAGUGCAGUUCCGAACUCUAGUGAUGUAGCCUCUCGUGAGAUCAGAGCGAGCCCUGAUCUCAAGAUAGCGGAUUCCAAUAGAUAUAAAUCAAGCAGAAGUUUUGAGACUGCAUAUGACGAUGACGAAAUUGUGGGAGUUAUCGUCAAGGGCGGACUUUAUGAGGUCGAUCUUCGUCAACGGCGAUGCUCUCCGGUUUAUUGGAGAGGGGACCACAGACGGGUCUUGCGAGGCCACUGGUUUGCUCUCAAAGGUGGUCUGGAUUGGCUGCCACUGCGAGAAGACAUAGCUGAACAGCUAGAAAUCGCCUACGUUAGUCAGAUAUGGAGAAGACGUCGCUUUCAGCCUUCCGGGCUGUUUGCAGCACGAGUGAACCUGCAUGGAGCUAGUGAGGGCCUGCACGCGCUAUUUACAGGAGAGGAUGAUUCAUGGGAGGCUUGGUUAUGUAUUGAUGCAAAUAGAGUUUCUCAAGUGCUUGGUCUGAGAGGUAGCGAUUUCAGACUACGCAGGGGUUUUGUUUUGCCGGAGUCAGCUCAGCCCACUCAAGAUGAAAUUAGACAACGUAAGGAAGAAGAGAUGGAUGACUACGCCUCCAAGGUGCCAGUUCGUCAUGUCGUAUUCAUGGUCCAUGGAAUCGGACAACGGCUACAGAGAGCAAAUCUAGUAGAUGAUGUUGGAACUUUCCGACACACUGUAUCAAUGUUAGCAGAACAACACCUCACGCAAUAUCAGCGCAAUUGCCAACGAGUGCUUUUUAUACCUUGUCAGUGGAGGAGGGGUCUAAAACUCGGUGGUGAAUCUGCAGUAGAAGAUUGCACACUAGAGGGUGUGCGAGCUUUACGGACUAUGCUUAGUGCCACUGUCCAUGACGUUUUGUACUAUAUGAGUCCUGUUUACUGCCAAGACAUCAUCGAUUCCGUUAGUCACUCGUUGAACAGACUCUACGGGAAGUUCAUAAAGCGCAAUCCCAACUACGAUGGAAAAGUUUCGAUUUAUGGACAUUCCUUGGGAAGCGUUCUCUCUUAUGACAUUCUUUGCCAUCAGAGAAAUUUGACCUCCCUUUUCCCCAUCAUUGAAGUCCGACCGGAGGUCAAGGCGGACAGCGUGGAUGGUUCUUCAGAUGGACAUAUUUCUGAAGGUGAUGAAACGCAAGUAGAAGAAAGUCCUAAACCUCAGGAAGAAGUCAUAGAGGUUGAUGAGAAUACGGGGGAGGUUGAUCAUUGUAUUGAAGGAGCCAAUUCUGAUAAUGGUGAUACAUUAUCAGAAGAAGUUCCUACCGGUCCAGAAGGUGAUGUUGAAGAGAAAACCCCGAACAGUUAUACAGAGACCGAUGUAAGUCACCAAAGUGCAGAAGAGGAAAAUCCUCAAACCAGCGGUGAGCAGCCGGCAGAUAGACCAAGCGAGAACGCCUCAAUAAACCAUGACCAAACUGGGGCUCUUACUCAUGCUCAGAAAGUUGAUGCACUGGUGACUGACUUCAAAGAGGAGACCGAGAAGACAGAGCUUGAAGCAUUGAGGGAAGAAGUGAAACUGCUGCGAGAAAAGCUUGUAGCACUGACAGCAGAUCAAGCUCCUGUGGAUGAAUUAAGGUCAAUGCCCAUUGUGCCUGUCAGCGCUGGCGGAGCUAGUGUUAGUUUAGAAGAAUCUGAAAGACAUGAUAGCGACGGAGAGGAAAAACGUGUUACUGGUGACCAUACUGAGCAAUGCGAUGAUGUUAGGUCUCAUGCUUCAGAAACUCACGACUCCAAUGCUGAAAUGGGACCAGGUGAUGGUCCAUCAGAGGCAAACUAUCAAAAGGAUGAUGCAGGGCCAAGUCAGCUGGAGAGCAGAAGUAGUUCAAAGAAGACGUACACUCCUUUUAUAUCUUACACCAAGCUUGAUUUUCAGGUUGAUACGUUUUAUGCCGUUGGCUCCCCUCUUGGAGUGUUUUUGUCACUCCGCAACAUACGUCUCGGCAUAGGAGCCGGCCAAGAAUACUGGAACGAUGACGGUGUUGAAGAGGAGAUGCCAGACGUUCGCCAAAUGAUGAACAUAUUUCACCCCUACGAUCCAGUUGCUUACAGGAUUGAACCUCUAGUCUGUAGAGAGUUUGUGCAAAAGCGGCCCACUUUUAUACCCUAUCAUAAAGGAGGAAAGCGGUUGCAUAUUGGGAUGCAGGAAUUUGGUGAGGAUUUGUCAGCUCGCUCAAGGGCAAUCGUGGAUUCCUUGAGCUCUGUAGGGACCCGCAUGGCGAGUGCUUUUUCUUCAAGUGCAGCUGAGACACAAGAUGAUGAGAAUCUGGAGGUGGAGAAAAAGGAGAAAACAUAUGGUGAAUUAAUGAUGGAGAGAUUGACAGGAGGUCCUGAUGGCCGCAUGGAUUACAUGCUACAGGACGCAACCUUUGAACAUCAGUAUAUAUCAGUGAUCAGCUCACAUACAGCCUAUUGGCAUGACUUGGACACAGCCUUGUUUAUCUUGAGGCACCUGUAUAAGGAUAUACCAGACGAACCUCCUCCCGUCAAUCUUCAUCCAGAAGGGAUCGAUGAAACGACUGGUUUGAGACCGAUCACAGAAGAAUCGGAUGGAUGUGACAUUCCCGAUCUCAUAGCACCUACUGCAGCCAGCAAGCUGCAAGAUGAUUCUGAUCCUGACGAUCUUCCUUUAACAUUUGCUGGCAAAGAAGGAAUUGUGGCCAUCCUGGACAAGGUGAAGAUAGUCAAGCCAGAUUUCAAGUUGUAUACAGCACCUGAUAGUUAAUUCAAUAUAUGCAGGCCCUCAAAGGAAGGGUCUUCAGUGUAGAUACGAAAUUGGAAGAGCAGUCCAAAGCAAUUAAAUGGCUCAUGUGAAAGGUCAGAUGUUCUCGUCGUCGUCGUGACCUUGUAGGCUAUAGAAGGAUUCAUACUUAGGAUUAAUUCACGACAGAAAUAUACACAGCUACUUCUGUUAUGCGCUGACAUUUCUUGACCCUUCGGAUCGGCUCGGCUCAGUAGCCUUUGUACAGUCAAGAGUACCACGGCCCUCUUGGGUCCGCCCAUCAUUUAAUACAUCGUCUUUCGACUGUGUGCGGAGAACGACUCG